AUGAGCGGAGCUUUAGGUGGGUCUGUGAUUUUCCCUCUGAACAGCGUAGAAAGUCAGAUUGAAAACAUUUUCUGGUACUUCAAUGGAAGUUCUGUCAUCACCAUUGAGUCUCAAGAGCCAGAAGACAAAGUCAUUGUGAACCCACGCCAUAAAACAAGGGUGAGCCUCUUGGAUAGAAGCUACUACUUGAAGCUCGACAAUCUGAGGAAGAAUGACUCGGGUUCCUAUUCCGUGGAGAUACACCACCCAGGCCAGAAAGUCUCCACCCAGAAAUACACACUGCAAGUCUAUGCACACCUGUCAAAGCCGAAGAUCUCCCAAGAAAAGCAGAGCAGUGAGAAUGGCACCUGUAUCACCAACCUGACGUGCUCCAUAGAGCAGGAAGAUAAGAAUGUGACUUACAGCUGGGUGUUUGUGGGACAGGAAACCAAUGAGUUCCACAAUGGCUCUGUCCUCCCCAUGCCCUCAGAGCUGGUAAAACAGAACAUGACCUUUAAGUGCGUGGCCAGGAACCCUGUGAGCAACAGUUCUUCAGACCCCAUCACUGCCCGGGAGCUCUGUGGAGGUGCUGUUGGUGAGCUACCAUACUAUGUGUAUCUCCUGGCGGGGAUCAUAGCUGUUACCUUGGUACUGCCCAUGUGA